AGGGAUCUGAGCGGUCCAGCGGUGCCUUCAGCGGUUCAGCUCGAGAAGUCGAGUAGCGGUCGCAGCAUCUCGUGCAGAUGGUCCAGCAACGAUUGGUACCGCAAGGCAGAACCCAGCUAGACAGGCAUGUCAAAUACACGCAAGCUGAGUGGACCGAUAGCGUUGAGUUACAGCAGAUACGUCCAUUUGCCUAGCAGAAGUUCUGUAGCCGAAGAAGACACGGGAACUCUGAGAAGUGAGCAGGGGGCCAGCAAGAAGCACAGAGGGCGAACGCCGUCGCGCCACUCACGGUCGGCAUUCUCCGUGGGUAUCACGCGCUCCCUCCCUCGGCAAAUCGGGAAACAGGGUCUUCCACAAGAUCAGUUCUCAAGCCGCUUUUUGCUCGCACGUUUGUUCGAAUAAACCGGCGUUGAACCCCAACCUUUUUUUUCCUGUUACUCUCGGGGGUCUGGCUGAAGUUCAUUAUUCAUUGCGAAGAGCCCAGACUCCUGCCUUUGCUGGCUUUGCGUCAGAUAAGAUGUUUAAUAGAGUCCCGACUUCC